AUGUAUCCCGACUUCAAGAGCCGAUACCAGAUCUUGGGUCAAGAUGAGAUCACCAAGGCGGGUGACAACAAGAGCGGUGUCUAUGCUCUCUUGGACAAGGUUGAAUUCUCUCGCGAUAAACGUCGCGACCAACGUGAGCUCCUCAAAGUCAUCCAACGCAACUUCAGGAAGUACAUGCAAUUGCGAAACUGGGGAUGGUUCAUCAUCAUCCAGAAGACUCGACCUCUCAUUGGUCAAACCAACAUUGAGGAAGAACUUCGUCUUUUGGAGGAGAAGGCCAACGAGGCUUAUGGAGCAUAUAAGGAUCAACUUGAUACCAAGGCCAAACUGGAGGAAGAGAGCAUCAGGAUCAAGAAAGAAACUGAAGACAUCAUGAAGCAAAUUGAGAGCGAGCAAGGCAAUCUCAGUGAAUACACCGAGCGUCAAGCCAAGGCAUCAGCCCAAAAGGCUGAUUUGGAAGUUCAACUUCAGGAGGCUGGUGAGAAGCUUGCCAAUAUGGAACGGGAGAGGCAAAAUGCCACAGCAGACAAGAAAACUUUGGAGCAAGAAAAUCAAGUCAUUAAGAAAGACAUUGAGGAUCUUGAGGUCGCCAUCCAGAAGUUGGAACAAGAAAAGACCAACCGAGACCAUUCCAUCAGAUCCUUGAAUGAUGAGAUCGCUAAUCAAGAUGAAGUGAUCAACAAGCUCAACAAGGAGAAGAAGCAUAUGUCAGAGAACAGUGCUAAGGCCACGGACGAUUUGCAAUCCGCUGAGGACAAAGUGGACCACUUGAGCAAGAUCAAGAGCAAGUUGGAACAAACCCUUGACGAAUUGGAGGACUCUCUUCAACGCGAAAAGCGAGGACGAGCUGAUAUCGAAAAGCAACGUCGAAAGGUUGAGGGUGAGCUCAAGAUUACCCAAGAAACUGUGGGUGAACUGGAGAGGAGCAAGCGAGAGUUGGAAAACACCAUUGCCCGAAAGGAAAAGGAAAUCUCGACCUAUGCUGCCAAGCUCGAGGAUGAACAAGGAGGAGUGGGCAAAAUCACCAAGUCUAUCAAAGAGACUCAAGCGCGAGUGGAAGAGCUCGAGGAAGAGUUGGAAGCCGAAAGGCAAGCCAGGGCCAAGGCUGAACGUCAACGCUCCGACCUUGCCAGGGAAUUGGAAGAGCUAGGUGAGCGUCUCAAUGAGGCUGGCGGUGCUACUUCAGCUCAAAUUGAGUUAAACAAGAAACGAGAAUCCGAGGUCCAAAAGCUCCGAAAGGAUCUUGAGGAAGCUCACAUUCAACAGGAGGCUACCAUGUCCAACCUGAAGAGGAAGCAUCAAGAUGCCAUUGCCGAAAUGAGCGAGCAAAUUGAGCAACUCAACAAGAUGAAGACCAAGAUUGACAAGGAUAAGAACCAAAUCUCUCACGAAAUCACUGAUGUUCGAGCUGCCACUGACGAGAUCAAUCGCGCCAAAGCUUCAGCUGAGAAGGCCAACAAGAAUCUUCAACAAACCUUGAACGACACCUCCAAGAAGGUUGAAGAGGGCAAUUUAACUCUUGGCGACUUCGAGAACGCUAAGAGGAAGUUUGCCGCAGAGAACGCUGAUCUUCUCCGACAAUUGCAAGAACUCGAGAACAACAGCAGCAUGUUGCAGAAACUCCGAAUUCAAUUGGUUAGUCAAUUGGAUGAGGCUAAGCGCAACGCUGAUGAUGAAGCUAAAGAGCGACAAUCUCUUUUGGGCAAGUACAAGAACUUGGAACACGAGUUGGAUGGUAUGCGCUACCAAUUGGAUGAGGAAUCCAGUGCCAAGGACGAUGUUGCCCGUCAGUUGACCAAGGCCAGCCAAGAGGCCGACAUGUGGCGCCAAAAGUACGAGAUCGACGGAUUGGCUAAGGCCGAGGAGCUUGAGAUGUCCAAGAUGAAGUUGCAGGCCCGCUUGACCGAGGCUCAAGGAACCAUCGAGAACUUGCACGGCAAGCUCCAUCAAUUGGACAAGGCUAAGGCCACUCUUCAGAGUGAGAUUGAUGAUAUGGCUGUCCAGGCCGACCAAGCUCACAUCUUGAACAAUCAAAUGGAGAAGAAGGCUAAGCAAUUCGACCGCAUUGUCGCCGAAUGGAAGCAAAAGGUUGAUGGUCUUGGCAUGGACUUGGACAAUUCUAUCAAGGAAUGCCGCAACGCCUCUUCUGAGCUCUUCAGGAUCAAAUCUGCCUAUGAGGAAUCUGUGGCCCAAUUGGACGAAGUUCGAAAGGAGAAUCGAAACCUGAGCACCGAGAUCAAGGACAUCAUGGACCAAAUCAGCGAAGGUGGACGAUCCAUCCACGAGAUUGACAAGAUCCGCAAGCGUCUCGAGGCCGAAAAGAUGGAGCUCCAAGCCGCCCUCGAGGAGGCUGAGGGUGCUCUUGAGCAAGAAGAGAAUAAGGUCCUUCGCGCUCAAUUGGAGCUCACUCAAGUGAGACAAGAGAUCGAGCGACGCAUCGCCGAGAAGGAAGAGGAGUUCCAGAGCACCCGCAAGAACUUCCAAAAGGCCAUCGAUGGCAUGCAACAGGCUUUGGAAUUGGAGGGCAAGGGUAAGGCUGAAGCUCAACGCAUGAAGAAGAAAUUGGAGGCCGAUGUAGCGGAGUUGGAGGUGGCUUUGGAGCACGCCAACGCUGCCAACAUGGAGUCCCAAAAGACGAUCAAGAAGUACCACGAGCAAAUCCGUCAAUCUCAAGCUCGUCUUGAGGAAGAGCAACGGGCCAAGGAGGUCUCUCGUGACCACCUCAUCGCCGCCGAUCGCCGUGCUCAUGCCGUUCAAAAUGCUUUGGAAGAGGCUCGAACUCUUCUGGAGCAAGCUGACCGUGCCCGUCGUCUUGCCGAACAAGAGUUGUCUGACACUAACGAGCAACUCUCCGAUUUGACUUGCCAGAACCAAGCCAUUGCUGGAGCCAAGAGGAAAUUGGAGUCUGAGAUGCAAACCCUGCAGGGUGAUCUUGAUGAGAUGUCCAGCGAGGCCCGAAUGUCUGAGGAGAAGGCCAAGAAAGCUAUGGUUGACGCAGCCCGAUUGGCUGAUGAGCUCAGAGCCGAGCAAGACCUGGCUCAAGCUCUUGAGCGUGAUCGCAAACUAUUUGAUUGCCAAGUCAAGGAAAUGCAAUCUCGAUUGGAUGAAGCUGAGACCAAUGCCCUCAAGGGAGGCAAGAAGGCCAUGAACAAGAUGGAGACCAGGAUUCGCGAGCUCGAGUCCGAAAUGGAUGCCGAAAACAGACGUAUGGGUGACGCUACCAAGAAUCUCCGCAAGUCCGAACGCCGCAUCAAGGAGUUGUCCUAUGCUGCUGAGGAAGACCGCAAGAACCACGAGCGCAUGCAAGGCCUGAUUGACCAACUCCAAGGCAAGAUCCGCUCCUACAAGAAACAGAUCGAAGAGGCAGAGGAGAUCGCCGCUUUGAAUCUGGCCAAGUACCGCCAAGCCCAAGGCCAAUUGGCCGAGUCUGAGGAGCGCGCUGACCUGAACGAGCAAGCCUUGGCUAAGUUUAAGGCCAAGGAGAGGGCCUCUUCUCUUGCACCUAUGUAAGACUUUCGACCACUGACCUGAUUUGGAUCUUCUCUAAUGAAAACGGAGAAAAUUCAACCGGCAAUCGCUUCAAAAUUCAAAAUCAUUGUUUCUUUAUGAAAUUGGCCUUAUCUUUGGCAAUAAAUUUCAAGCAUGACAGGCAA